AUGGGGAUACGAAAAGCAAACGUAACACCCAUCCCCGUCAUCCCACCAACCCACAUCCACUGGGACAACUACCUCGUCCCCUCCCUGCAAGCCGCCUACGACUUCUCCGACUACAGAACGCGGAUUAAAGCUGUUUUGUUGUCUAACCCUAACAACCCCCUCUCCCGAUGCUACCCCCGAGAAACGCUACGUGAGUUACUGGAGUUCUGUCAGGAGAGGGGGUUGCAUUUGAUUGUUGAUGAGGGGGCUGGGCUGAUGGCAUUAGAUGGGAAGGAAGGGAGCGGAGGAGCUAAGAAGAAAAGAAAGGGCGAGACGUUCGUGAGCGCGUUGUCGUUAACCGAGCCGCUUGUACCGGAGGGAGCCGUCAAGGUCGAUCCGAGUCGUGUACAUGUGGUGUGGGAUGCAAGUCGGUUAUUCGGAUUAGGUGGACUGAAGAUCGGCUGUGUGGUAUCCCAACAGAACACCCCUCUCCUCUCCUCCCUGGCACUGACGGCUACACACCCCUCCUCCCUCUCGACCAUCUAUCUAACCUCCCUGCUUACAUCAUCCCUCCUCCCCUCCCUCCUCACUCUAAACACAUCCCGCAUGUCAACUUCCUACAACAUGCUCGCUUCCUUCCUCCGACGCCACGACAUCGAAAUCGUGGUACCGACACACGGCCCCUUCCUCGCUGCUAAACUAGCAAAGAAGACUAGGACAAGCGAGGAGGAGAACGCUUUCUGGAGGGAGUUGGAAGGAAGAGGUGGGAUCAAGGUUGCGCCUGGGCGGGCGUUCAAUGGGGUGGAGAAGGAUGGGGGUUGGGCGAGGGUGAAUUUUGCGGUUAGGGAAGAGGUUAUGCAGGAGGUGGUGGGGAAGCUGGAGGAGUUCUUUGGGGGGAGUGGAUGA